CAGUUCCCAGAAAGCUUUGCUUCAGCAGUGUGUUUUUGAGGCUGUGAUACAAUUUUCUUGUACAUUUCAUACAGUUAGUAACAUUGUCACGAAUCCUGUGGUCUCACAAUGAAGGAUGUUACAGGAUUUCUCAAACAGCAGCAGAGUAAAAGCAGCAGUCCCGAACUGGCUACAGAAUGGCACACGUUGGAGGAACUCUACAACAAGAAGCUGUGGCACCAGCUGACCCUCAAACUCACAGAUUUUGUCCAGAACCCCUGUUUUGCUGCAGGAGAGGGCCUAAUCAAGCUUUAUGAAAACUUUCUUUGUGACUUUGAGCACAGAAUCAAUCCACUAUCCCUUAUGGAAAUUAUUCUCCAUGUAGCAAGACAAAUGACAGAUCCAAAUGUUGCCAUAUCAUUUCUUGAAAAGACCAGGGAAAAGGUUAAGAGCAGUGAUGAAGCAGUGAUUCUCUGCAAGACGACCAUUGGCAGUCUGAAGUUAGAAAUAAACGACUUGCCGGCAACAAAGAAAUUGAUUGAAGAGGUUGAGGAGAUGCUUAAUAACCUUCCUGGGGUGACAUCAGUCCACGGCCGAUUCUAUGAUCUCUCCAGCAAAUAUUACCGCAUCAUAGGAAACCACGCCUCCUACUACAAAGAUGCUUUGCGCUACCUGGGCUGUGUGGAUGCGAAAGACAUACCAGAGGCAGAGCAGCAGGAAAGAGCCUUCACUCUGGGACUGGCUGGCCUGUUAGGGGAGGGCGUUUACAAUUUUGGAGAGCUUUUAAUGCAUCCCGUGUUGGAAUCCCUGAGGAGCACAGAUAAACAAUGGUUAAUAGACACGCUUUAUGCUUUCAAUAGUGGAAACGUGGAAACGUUUCAGUCUUUUAAGACUGCAUGGGGACAACAGCCUGACCUUGCAGCCAAAGAAUCAAGCCUGAUGCAAAAGAUCCAACUUCUCUGUCUCAUGGAGAUGACUUUUACUCGUCCAGCCAACCACAGGCAGCUAACCUUUCAAGAAAUUGCCUUGAGUGCUAAGGUUCCAGUAAAUGAGGUGGAGUUGUUGGUGAUGAAGGCCCUGUCUGUUGGUCUGAUAAAGGGCAACAUUGAUGAGGUAGACCAGAGAGUUCACAUGACCUGGGUACAGCCAAGGGUACUGGAUCUACAACAGAUUAAGGGAAUGAAUGAUCGCUUGGACCUCUGGUGUGGAGAUGUUAAAAAUACAGCCAUGCUGGUGGAACAUCAAGCACACGACAUCCUGACAUAAGCCUGCUGUCAGCUCUGUAAAGUUCUAUGAUGUUAUUGUUAACACAGAGUGUUGCAUAGUGGAACUUGGGGGAUGUUUUUAAACUAUCUGAAAUUGUAAUACUGGUGAGACUCCCAUAUAUAUGUUUCAGAACAGUGACUGUGAAACACACAACAGUAGCAGUCGACAUGAUGAAAUAAUGGAAAUUCUUCCUUUUUUAUAUAUACUAUUUGGGGUGCCAUAUGUUUUUAUGGCUGUUUUUAAGAUAUGUUUUAAAUUUCAGCAUUUCUUUUAUUUCUUUUUUUUGUAUAAAGCAUAUUUCCAGUAAUACUGUACUUUGCUCAUCAUAGUCAAGCACAGUGCCAGGAACUAAAGUAAGAGUUGGAAUGUUCUAAUACACAGAUAGCCCAAAGUAAGGGAUGUUCAGAAAUGGUCUUGAUGUUUCUGCACCAUGUAGACUAAAGAUAGCUAGCUAGAAUUUUUUCAAUAAAAUAAGUCAUUUUUAUAUAUAUAUAUAUAUAUAUAUAUAUAUAUAUAUAUAUAUAUAUAUAUAUAUAUAUAAUUACUAAAAACAGUAGGGUACCACAUUUAUUUUAUCAGGCUAGUUUUUGUUCAACCCUGAAAUGAGACUAGCUUUAUUACAAGCUAUAUGAUUUUUAUAAACAAAAUUAUAUGUUCGUAUGACAGCCCAUUUGUUUUCAGCCCCAUUGAAAGCAUUGAUUCCAGUGUCGUCGUCUCUGAGCUGUCUCAUACAGGUCUACAGUGUAGAGAUCUCUUCCUACAGAAGCAGUUUGUUUGGAAAAAAUGUCUUGGGGGACGCACACAUUGUUCAGAAAUGGCAGGAGAAAAUAAAUAUAUUUUUACUGUUUUUUUUUUUUUUCAAAUUUAGAAAUCAGCCGUUGGCGAUAUAACAAGCCUUUCUUCCAUGCUGUAGUAGAAUACAUUUAAAUCUUUUUUAUGGUUUUAAACAUAAACAACAAACAGAAUGAAACAGUCAGAUAGUGGUCUUCUGACGUUUGCUGAUUUUUUUUCUCCUGACGAUAUCUUGACAAGUGCUGUCAGUGGUUUGAUGGAAACAGGUGUGUGACUCUUAUGUGUGUGUUACCUUUCUGUCUUUGGCCAACAAACUGUCACCCUCAAGAAAUGCUUUCAAAAUGCAAAUAAAAGACACAAGUGUGUUGGUA